GCAUGUAUAGCUGAAACUGUGUCGUUUUGCGAAAUCUGUCAAACUUCAUCUCUCCCCAGUCACUAACUAGAGCUUGAUUUGUUGUUGUUCUUUCUCCGGCUCCGAUCUCGAAGAAGAUGAGAGUACUACUAUCCUUCCUUCUUCUUCUUUUUCUUGCUUCUUCUGCUAUUAGAUCGAGCUCGUCUCCGGUGACCGAUCCGUUUCUCGGCAUUUCUCCUCAAGAUGAGAAGUAUUACAAAUCAUCUUCGGAGAUUAAGUGUAAGGACGGAUCAAAGAGAUUCACCAGAGCUCAGCUCAACGACGAUUUCUGCGAUUGCGCUGACGGCACUGACGAGCCAGGCACCUCAGCUUGUCCUAAUGGAAAGUUCUAUUGUCGGAACGCAGGCCAUUCUCCCUUAGUUUUGUUUUCUUCAAGAGUUAAUGAUGGUAUCUGCGAUUGUUGUGAUGGAAGUGAUGAGUAUGAUGGUAAAGUUGCGUGCUCAAAUACAUGCUGGGAAGCUGGAAAAGCUGCUCGAGAGAAUCUUAAGAAGAAAAUCCAAACGUAUAAUCAAGGGGUUGUGAUAAGGAGGAAGGAGAUCGAGCAGGCGAAAGUGGGUCUGGAGAAAGAUGAAGCUGAACUAAAGAAGCUGAAAAUCGAGCAGAAGAUUCUGAAAGGGCUUGUCCAACAGCUCAAAGAUCGCAAAGAACAAAUUGAGAAGAUAGAGGAGAAGGAGCGUCUCGAGAAAGAAAAGGAGGAGAAGGAAAGAAAAGAAGCUGAAGAAGCAGCCCAGCCGGGAAAGGGGGACGGUGAGGAGAAGACAGAUGGCAAUGAAAAGGUUGAAGGAAGCACAGGCGGUGGAGAGAUGCCUGGAGUUUCACAGGACGACGAAAUUCUCGAUGAAAACGAACAUCAUGAUGAGACUGGUAGAUACAAGGACUUGGAUACAGAUGAGGAGUCAGCAGCUGAAGCUGAACCAACAAGUGUAUUGGAAGAGGGAACGCACAAUAAUCCUGCAGACCAGCAUGUUGUGGAGACGAAGGAGGAAUCUCCCUCAUCUGAGGAUCUCAUCAUCACAGCUGGAUCUCAACAUGAUGGUAGUACCAAAAAGGAGGAAUCAGACGAGGUGAAGAAGGUGGAGGAGGAUAUUGUAUCGGAGAAGAAGGAAGAGUUGUCAAAGGAGGAAUUGGGGCGUCUUGUUGCCUCUCGUUGGACAGGAGAGAAUUCUGAUAAGCCAUCUGAGGCAGAUGAUAGCCCGAAAGCUGAUGAGCAUGAAAACCUUGAGCACACGCCCACCAAUCCACAGGAAGUAGAGGAAGAUGAUGGAUUUGUGUCAGAUGGUGACGAGGAAACAGGCGACGAUGGAAAAUACAGCGACCAUGAACCCGAAGAUGAUACAUAUGAAGAGGAGUAUCGCCAUGAUUCUACUUCUUCCUACAAAUCUGAUGCGGAGGAUGAUCUCGAUUUAUCAGAGACAACCUCAAGUCCUACCUGGUUGGAGAAGAUACAAAAGACCGUCAAGAACAUUUUACAGGCUGUGAAUUUAUUCCAAACCACCCCAGUGGACAAAUCAGAGGCUGAUCGGGUACGCAAGGAAUACGAUGAGUCGAGCUCAAAGCUUAAGAAAAUACAGUCAAGGGUUUCGAGCUUAGAAAAGAAGCUAAAACAAGACUUUGGACCGGAGAAAGAGUUCUAUUCAUUCCAUGGUCGUUGUUUUGAGAGCAAACAGGGCAAGUAUACUUACAAAGUCUGUGCAUAUAAAGAAGCAACACAAGAGGAGGGCUAUUCAAAGACUCAGCUAGGGGGAUGGGAAAAGUUUGAGAACUCGUACCAGUUCAUGACAUAUACAAACGGAGAUAAGUGUUGGAACGGUCCCGAUAGAAGCCUAAAGAUCAAGCUAAGAUGUGGGUUGAAAAAUGAGCUUAUGGAUGUUGAUGAACCAAGUCGUUGCGAAUAUGCGGCAGUUUUAUCUACUCCAGCUCGGUGUCUAGAAGAUAAACUUAAAGAACUACAAGAAAAGCUCGAGAAGUUGAUGAACCAAGACCAACCUCAGAAGCACGACGAACUAUGACCAUGUUUCUCAGAUUUGUGUCAAUUUAGACUACUAAUCUUGCUCUAUCUCAAAACGUCAAGAGGACAAAAAGUAAAAGUAAAAGUAUAAACAGAGACGUUUUUUGGUCGGAAGAGAAUUGAUAAGUUCAAGUUUUACCUCAUUGAACAAUGGAGGUUCUAUUUAUCAACAGUACUUCAGACAAUGUUAAACUUUUGGUUAAGAGAAAAGAACAGUUAGAAAUCUGAA